AUUCCAAGAUCUGUUUCACAUACACCAAUAAAAAUUACGUUACUUUUCGCACGAUUAAACGUUCAGACACUACAUAUGUAAUAGUGAAGUUGUUCGUCAAUGUUAGAUGGGUACGAAACGUGUCGAGAAAUAUAGAAGUACAAAUCUUGUGAACGAUUCGUGUUGCUUGAAAUCUCGUAUAUUGGACUAUAAUAAGCGGUUAUGGUAUAUCUGUCGAGCGUCUGGGGCAUGGGAGAUACUAAAUCACAGUGCCACAGUACAAACAGUUCUUCCUCCUUUCUGCAGGAGAAUGACGAAGAAGUCGCGUUGUUGCCUCUCAAGAAUCAGGUCGGCGGACACACAAGAUUACUUUUACUCAAUCAGAAUACUAUUUGCAAGCCCUUAAAUUGCAGGGAACUUGAUUUUUAUCAAAACAUUCCGCAAGAUAUACAAAUCUUUGUCCCAAAAUUUAAAGGUAUCAUGCAAGCUUCCAAUAGCGGCGAAGUUACAUUGGAGAAGCGAUAUAGUCCUAGCUUUAGAGAACAAGAUGCCAGACAAGGUCAUAAUUCGACCAAAAGAAAGAGAGACGAUGUCCUCAGAAUGAAAAUUCAUCGUGAUAACACGUUGACAGGAAUACCAAAACCAGGAGUGCAUUUGGAUAAUACGCAGAAUAGACAGUAUUUCCUCUUAUUGGAGAAUAUAACGUCACAAUACACACAUCCGUGUAUUCUGGAUCUGAAGAUGGGGACCAGACAUUACGGUGACGAUGCGUCUGCUGAGAAACGCAGUAAACAAAUUGCGAAAUGUGCUGCCAGUACAUCAGCAUCGUUAGGUGUUCGAUUAUGUGGAAUGCAGGUCUAUCAAACUGACACCAAUCAUUACAUCAAAAGAGAUAAAUAUUGGGGUCGGGAACUGAACGAAGAAGGUUUUAAGGCAGCGUUGUAUCGUUUUUUUCACGACGGUUUUCGUUUACGAACGUUGGUGAUCGAAAAAGUCGUGUCCCGGUUAGAACAGUUACGACGCGCAAUCGAAAGACAAAGCAGCUACCGAUUUUACUCGUGUUCGUUACUAGUUGUAUACGAAGGAUAUCAAAUAAACGAUUUUUCGGGUCUAAAACAUUCACCAUCCGCUCUACAAACAGAAGAAGAAUCAACCAAUUCUAGUUUCGUCGACGAUGUUGCUUCUAGUUCAGAAGCAUGCUACGACGCUGAUACAAGUAACAAUUCUACAGACUACAAUCUUUCAAUUCAGGAGGAAAUUAGUCAAGCAACUUUACAUAAAGGAUUCGGCGAAGCAGCCGCGAGAGGGGCCAAAAAUACCGGAAGUUUCUAUCCCACAAGCAGCGAGGAGACUGUUUUCGACGAAUCUAGCGACAGCUUGAUCGACACAGUGCUUCAAACUCCGAGAUAUGAACAGUGGAUGAUAUAUGGCAGCUCUAACGACGAAUUCUGUUUCGAGCAAAGUUCGGAUAUCGCAGAGGACACUAGUUCCGACACGGAAGUUAGAUCAGAUAGCGGACCAAAAAGGCAAAGACACGAACAUCGACUACUUCGUCUUUACGAGAACGAAGAGGGAAUAGAGGAAAAUGUUGAAUGUGCCGGUAUAUCGAACAGGUACACGCCUUGUUCAUACCGAACGAAAAUGAAACAGAAGUCGCAAGAUGCACGCGUCGACGUAAGAAUGAUCGAUUUUGCGAAUGCAACUUUCGUUCACGGCUCAACUGUAGCUUGUGAUUCGAGUUCCACCCUACAUCAAGGUCCGGACUGUGGUUUCUUAACGGGUCUCGACAGUCUGAGGCGACUUCUUCUUGAAAUUCUGACCGAGGGUUGAACAGUUAGGUGGACCCGAUUUAUGUACAGUGAGAAAGAUUGAACAUUUUGCUGGUAAAAUACAAAAAACGACAAUGAAUAACGGCUAUCCCAAAUUGAACAGUGGACAAAAUAUAUGUUUUAUUCGCGCAAAGGACGCU